GAAGCGCUGUGUGGUUGAUAAAUUCUAGAACCUCUUUAACCUAAAUGUUUUAGUAAUUAAGAGGACUAAUUAAACUGUCAUUGGUUUUUUCAAAUGACGUUAGGUUUAAUUUUAUAUAUCGAUCUGUAUAGUUUUAUCUCUUAUGCGUUAGUGAUUGUAUCUUUUUCGGUUUAGUCAUGAAGUUAUUUUAUAUAGUCCUCUUUACGCUUAUUGGUUACUCAUUACAACUAGAAAGCUACAAUGGAUAUGAAAAUUCAGCUGAACUGUCAUCCAGUUACCUUAACAAGGAACGGUUUAAUAAAUAUCAUAGGUCGCAUUCCUACACCACCAAGGCACCGAUAAAAACAUUACCAUAUAAUUCGUGGCACCAGAACUUCGUCACUCAACCGCCUUUGUCUUACAGCGAAUCAGUUAUAGACGAACAGCCCACUAUGCCAACAAUAAUAGAAAGUCGGUUAAUGUUCGCCGAAAACUCAGUACAAGCAGAUACGGAAAAACCCAAGACAAAUUUGAAGUUGAUAACAGCGAAGAUUGUCAUGUUUCAAGCAAAGCCCGUGCGGCCCGCUGACGAAGACGUCUUGGAGUAUAAAACAGUGUAUUUUAGUGAUUAGAAUUUGAGAAAUGUACAUUCGUAGUGAAAAAGAUGUGUCGGAAAUUGUUUCUGUUGUUAUCACAUUUAUUUUAAUUGGCACGCCAAAGAGUGGUCACUUGAUGUAAGUAGAGUAGAGUUCAGAUAGUGUCGACUGACAAAAGAUUCCUCGUAAGUCGACGUAAUUUUGCCGGCCUGUUUGAAACUCGGAAUACGACACAUAGUUUUGAAGAGUCACAAGUUACAUUUAUUUGUAUUGUAAGUUGUUAAAGUAGCCUUUACUUUGUAAAUUAUAGGUCAUGUUAGAACUUAGAUUUUCGAAAUAUUGAAACUGAAUAUUAAUAUAAAAAAUGAUAUUAAACGACUUAUUAAUUAAAAUGAAUUUGAUAAAUCAUUUUUAGUUUAACUCAUGCUUAUUUAUUAUAUUCAAAAUUUAUGGCAGUGAGAGGUAACAGAAGUAUUUUUUCUGGCCUUUGGACUAAAGCUAAAAUCAGAUCUAUUUUAAAAAAAUUACAUAAGUAUUCCGAUAUUAAUCGAUAACAGAUAAGUAUUACGUUUUAUGUAAAUCAAUUAUGAUUAUGGAAGCAAACAGUUAUGAUUUUAAUCUAGAUAUUGAUUUAUUACUUAUAUUUUAGGUGCCUGGAGGUAUUUGUUUUGACAAGUAGAUUUAGUGUUAAUAUGAAUCACUUUUCACUGUAGGUGCAUAUUUAUUGUAGUAAUUUUUUUUUAAACAAUUAAUGUUGCCAAAUAUAGUUUUACUUAAUAUUAUUAACAGUCAAAGAUAUUCGCUUGUUAUUUUAUUAAGAAUUAUAACUUCUGCUUAAAAUAUUAUGAAAUAAAUAAA